UGGCAGCACCAGAUUUAAGAAUGGAUUCCCUGAAGAACAAUCGGCAGAUAAAAAAACUCACCCACGGUCAUCUAAAGCAUGGGAGUAUUUAAGCCAGAGACCCAACGAUGUGGUGCUGUGUAAACUAUGCAAAUUGGAAAUGGCUCAUCACGACACAGCAGUACAACCGGCAUGAAGGAACACUUGAAGCGAAAGCAUCCCGGAGCGCUUGUUAAGAUGGCAGCACAGAUUGUGGAUAUUGAUGUGGAGCCUCUGGAUGUUCAGCCAACACGCACAACUGAUUAAUCUAUAAUAUCGCCUGGAAGUGUGUGGACUAAGCAUAUCCUUUAGAAGAACCAACUGUCUUUCCUAUGUCGGUUUCUCAUCAAACGUCAGUGGUCAGCACCCCCCUUCCCCUGCCCACCCACUUCUAUGACGCCCAGCAGUCUUUCUCCCUGAAGAAACGCAGACUGCCCUUCUCUUCCACUACAUCAUCAUCCUCCCUGUCCCCGCCGCGGCUGCUCUCUUGCUCUUUACCACCGCGGCCCCCGUCUAAAGGAUGCCCCCCAGUCAGUCGGGUGUUUUCCCACCGCCCCACCCCCUGGAUGCCCCUGUCAUGCUCUCUUAUAGAGUCACCCCCUACUCGCUCUGUGUACGACCCAUGUCGGCCGCAGUCAUUUUUUAGCCAGUGCUUCACCAACCUGGGCCUGAUUGGACGAGGCUCCUUUGGUGAAGUGUUCAAGGUGGAGAGUCUUGUGGAUGGCUGUCAGUACGCUGUCAAGCGUUCAGUGCAGCGUUUCCGUGGUGAAGGUGAGCGAGUUAGGAGCAUUAAAGAAGCUCGUAAUCAUGAAGGAUUGUGUCCUCACCCUCACGUGCUGGGCUUCAUCGCUGCCUGGGAGGAGGACGGUCACCUGUACAUCCAGACUGAACUUUGCUGCACCAGUCUGCUGCUACAUGCCGAGGAACAGCCUUCACACACCGGUGAGGCGUGUGCCUGGACAUACCUGUGUGACAUGCUCGCAGCGCUCAAGCACCUGCACAUUCAAGGGUUUGCCCACCUGGACAUCAAACCAGCAAAUGUUUUCCUCACCAAGUCUGGACGCCUCAAACUUGGAGACUUUGGCUUGUUGCUCAAGCUCUCCACAGAUGCCCAAACACGAGGGACAGAGUUAAAGAGAGGAACGGACAGAGAGCAGGAGGAUUUACAGGAGGGAGACCCCAGAUAUAUGGCCCCGGAGCUGCUCAGAGGACAGUACGGGACCGCCGCUGACAUCUUCAGUUUGGGAGUGUCUAUUUUGGAGAUGGCCUGUAACAUUGAGGUUCCUAAAGGAGGAGACGGAUGGCAGCAGCUCAGACAGGGACACUUACCAGCUGAAUUCACCAAUGCACUUUCAGCAGAGUUGCAGUAUGUACUAUGGCUCAUGCUGUCCCCAGAUCCGUGCAACAGAGUCACGGCACAGCAGCUGCUCUUGCUGCCCUCAGUGUGCAAACACAAGUGGAGACGACAGCUGUCUCUCUGCAUCAUCGAGACCUUCCUGUCGCUAUUCAGCUUCUGUCAAUCCCUCCUGACGGCCGGUUGGAGAUUUCUGUCCUCCCUCAAUGUGCCGUUUACUCCUCUCUGCUCCUCCUCUCCUCCCUGCACUCCUCCCAGAGAGAUAUGGGAGAGAGACGUUGACAUGAGCAACAUUCACUCUGACUCGGACAGUCCCAUUCAUCAGUGUGCGUUCACAACAGAAGACCACCAACACUCUCCCACCUUCUCACACAGAGUCCAAGCGAGGUUAUCUGUGAGCAGCACCUCUACUCCACUGCCACACACACCCACACGCACUCCCUCCAGCAUCCACUCGAGCAACAGCCUGAGCCCCAUAAACCACAGCUCUCAUCACAGUCUCAUCACUGAUUCGCCACACAGCCGAAGCUCCGGCAGGAUCCACACCGAAGCAGCCAAUAGAAGCACAUUUGAGCCAAAGAACUUGCUUAGUCUUUUUGAUGAGACCACACUUGACGGCGGGCCCUAGUGCAUGCCAUUAGCUGUAUAUAGAGUAAAUAUCUGCUUUGGUUUGGUGCCUGUUUUGUGGAUAUUUACCAUUUAUGUGGGGAAAUAUUUAAAGGCAUUAAAUGUAUUUAGACCUGAUUUUGGGUUUCUUUUUUUAAUGUAUCGCUAGAGUGAUGCAGUUUUUGCCUCUGGAAAGUCACAGCCCGCUUUUACUAAAUUACUCUGAAGACUUGAGAGUGAUGUAUAUUAUUAAGGGAAGACUAUAUCCUGAUACUCUGUAAAUUGUUCAAGUAUUUAGUGGCAUUUUGGGACUUUUAUCUGUAAUGAACCAUGUGCUUCAAUCACUUGAUCUUCAAUUAAAAGGAUAUGUGGAAAACGAGAUUUUCCAGACUUUGUUCAAAAUGAAUUAUUACAUAGCAAGCAUGCAUGUUCUAGAUAUAUUUUGAACAAUGCACUGCAUUAAGGGGAAGCACUGCAAUGAUAUUCAAAGGAUUAAGCAACUUGUGACAAAAUUGUGCAUCUACCAAAUUUUCUAAAACCAAAAAAUAAACAGAAUUUAUAAACAUC